AUGGCAUACUUUUAUUUUAGAUUAAAUGUUUGUCCACAUGAAGAGAUCGAAACAGUAACAGUACGUGAGCCAUGUGUUCAUGCUUAUACGAAAUAUAUCAGAAGUCGAAAACCAGGCUGUAAUGGACAAUUCCGGUCUUGUUCAGUUAGAGAACCAAAGACAGUAUACUACCGUACGUAUAAAAAUGUUACUCGUACAAGGAGGCAUACAACAGCACAGUGUUGCGCUGGUUGGGUUCAGGUACCCGGUAAAGAAGGAUGUCAACGAGCAAGUUGUUCACCAGAGUUAUGCCAUAACGGUGGUACCUGUCAACCGUCAACAUCAGAUAAAAGUGAAGAAAUUUGUCGCUGCUUGCCUGGAUUUCAAGGUGCUCGAUGCCAAUAUGAUGUAAACGAAUGCUUGGUGGAUAAUGGUGGAUGUCCACAUGAUUGCGUCAACACCAUCGGCACAUUCUACUGCCGUUGUUUUGCUGGAUAUCAGUUAGAUAAUGAUCAUCAAAAAUGCAUUGAUGUUGAUGAAUGCCAAAUUGAAAACGGCGGUUGCGAAUUUCGGUGCCUGAAUACGGAAGGCGGAUAUCGUUGUGAAUGUCCACCAAGAAUGCAAUUACAUUCAAAUGGUCGUCGAUGUGUCCGUCGAAACAUCUGUGCAACAGACAAUGGCGGAUGUGAACAGAUCUGUGAAGAAAGGCAUGGACGAUUUCAUCGAUGCAAAUGUCGCCAAGGGUUCAAACUCGCUGCCGACAAACGGCGAUGUCAUCCGAUUGAUCCAUGUGCGGUAAAUCGUGGUGGUUGCGAGCAGCACUGCGUGAAUGAUAACGGAAGAGCCGUAUGCCAAUGCUAUCAUGGUUUCACGAUUGGACCGGAUCAGAAAUCAUGCAUUGAUAUUGAUGAAUGCGCAACAACAAAGGAUUCAGAAUGUGAGCAUGAAUGUAUUAAUGUCUAUGGAACAUACAGAUGUCGUUGUCGCCCUGGAUAUCAACUACUAUCAGAUGGACGCCAAUGUAAGCCAAUAAUUGAUCCGUGUCAGAAUAGAAAUGGAGAUUGUGAGCAGAUAUGCGAAAGUAAUGAAGAUGGCAGCCUGAAAUGCUCUUGUAGAGCUGGUUAUCAACUUAUCGACGAUGAUAGAUCUUGCUCUGACAUUGACGAAUGCAUGGAGGACAAUGGUGGCUGCAAACAGCUUUGCAUUAACCUGCCCGGAAGCUAUCACUGUUCCUGCAGAACUGGUUUUUUACUCAUUUACGAUGGCAAAACUUGCGAAGAUAUUAAUGAAUGUAUCGCAAAUAAUGCUGGUUGCGAGCAUCACUGUAUCAAUGAAGAGGGUGGAUAUGCAUGUACAUGUGAAGUUGGCUAUAACUUAGCAUCUGACAACCAUUCCUGUCACGAUAUUAACGAAUGCUUAACAAACAACGGUGAAUGCAGUCAAUUAUGCAAGAAUGAGGAUGGUACUUAUCAUUGCGAGUGCUUCCGUGGUUUCAGUCUUGCGAAUGAUGCCAAAACGUGUAUUGAAAAUGCAGGAAGGAUAGCAUCAUUAACUGAUCAUGAUAUAAUUGAACAUGAAUUACAACAAGAACACUUCGAGGUUUUAACACAAGAAGCAAACAUACCUCACGAUCUUCCCAAACUGUCACAUUUUGGUACCAUUCGUAUGCUGCACAGUCUACCUACUGCUUGCGAAUAUGGGCGCUUUGGUGCAGAAUGCCGUUACAGAUGUGCUGAUUGUAAAAAUGGAGGAAAAUGUCGUCGUAAUAAAAGCGGUUGUGAGUGUGCUUCCGGAUACACAGGUAUAGUAUGCGAGGAUCGAUGUCCUGAAGGUACUUGGGGAUUAGGUUGUAAAAAGGCAUGCGAAUGUAAUGGACAAAUUUGCAAUCAUAUUACCGGUGAAUGCGAUUGUCCGGAUGGUGCGGAAUGUGAGGAUAGUUGUCCGGCUGGCUUUUAUGGACCUUCGUGCAACUUACCAUGUCAGAUGACCUGUAGCAGUGGACGAUGCGAUAGGAAAUAUGGGUAUUGCUCUUGUCCAGCUGGUUAUUACGGUGAAAAAUGUGAUCAGAUUUGCCCGCGAUUCAACUAUGGUCGUAACUGUCGUCAUGUUUGCAACUGCGAGAUAGAAUACUCAGAAGGUUGUGACCCAAAGACUGGAAAAUGCAUUUGUAAAAGUGGUUUCUACGGUCCAUUCUGUAAACGACGUUGUCCAGUCGGUUUCUAUGGACAGUCCUGUACCAAAAAAUGUUGGUGCGCUGAAAAUCAAGAGUGUGAUUCAAUUAGCGGAGAUUGUAUCAAGAAAUGUCGUCCAGGAUACACCGGUGACCAAUGCCAGAUCCCCUGUCCUGCCGGUAUGUACGGAUAUAACUGUACCCAGAAAUGUGCAUGCGAAGCAGGUGCAUCUCAGGUGUGCCAUCAUGUCACUGGAACUUGUACAUGCCGACCUGGUUACUACGGGGUAUUAUGUGAAAAGAUGUGUCCUACGGGCCUAUACGGUCCCAAUUGUCAACAUGAAUGUUCAUGUAAAAAUAACGGUACCUGUAAUAGUAAGGAUGGCUCAUGUAUUUGUCCACCAGGAUAUUAUGGUGCUGCUUGUAGUGAAGUUUGUCCAAGCCACCGUUUUGGAUUAAACUGCAUGCAGCGUUGUGACUGUCAUAAUGGCGCGGAUUGCGAUCCUUCAAAUGGUUCAUGCAAAUGUUUGACCGGUUGGAGUGGUCAAAAAUGCGACAUACCAUGCCCGGAAGGAUAUUUUGGCAUCAAUUGCAGCGAGCGAUGUAAUUGUGACCAAGGAGUGCAAUGUGACCCAAUUGACGGAGAAUGUACAUGUCCAACGGGACAUCACGGGAAGAACUGUGAGCUGCGAUGUGAGGAAGGUUAUUUUGGUGACCGUUGUAAAGGUAUCUGUAUUUGUCGAAAUAACGCUACAUGCGAUCCGACCAAUGGUGCUUGCAAUUGCAAGCCUGGCUGGCGUGGUCAGCACUGUGAUCGACCAUGUCCUGAUGGACGAUACGGUGACGGUUGUAAAAAGGUCUGCGAUUGCUCUUCAUUUGAUGACACCGAAAUGGCACUGUUUGUCUUGAAAUGCCAUCCUGUGACCGGAGAAUGCCUUUGUAAAGAAGGUUGGACUGGUUCCAAUUGUCGAACACCCUGUCCAUCAAACAGCUGGGGUAUUGGUUGUAAAGAAGAAUGCCAGUGCAUGAACGGUGGAAUAUGUGAUCGAUUUACCGGGAAUUGUGAUUGUCCAGCAGGAUUUAUGGGACCACAUUGCGAAGAAGAAUGUCCGCCCGACCAUUAUGGACCCAACUGUAAUAGCCAUUGUCUUUGUAUGCACAAUGGCACUUGCGAUCCUAAGAAUGGUACCUGUAAAUGUGUAAUUGGAUGGACAGGACCUGCAUGUGAAUUCAAAUGUCCGCCCGACCAUUAUGGACCCAACUGUAAUAGCCAUUGUCUUUGUAUGCACAAUGGCACUUGCGAUCCUAAGAAUGGUACCUGUAAAUGUGUAAUUGGAUGGACAGGACCUGCAUGUGAAUUCAUGUGUCCUUUUGAACGAUAUGGUAUAAAUUGUGAGCAAGUCUGUAAUUGUAUGCGAGGUGGACGUUGCAAUCGUACGGAUGGUACUUGUCAGUGCUUACCCGGUUCUAUUGGUGAAAGAUGCGAGCGCAUUUGUCCUCAUGGUUUGUUUGGUGAAAAUUGCGAAGAAUUGUGCUUAUGCGAAAAUGGUGCAAGUUGUGAUCCAAUCAGUGGUCAUUGUCACUGUGCUCCUGGUUGGCGAGGUCGCAAAUGCAAUCGACCAUGCCUUAAGGGCUAUUAUGGACAGCAUUGUGCCUCAGCAUGUCGAUGUCCAAAUCAAAAGCCAUGCAAUCAUAUCACCGGUCGCUGUCAUUGUCCCAACGGCUACACCGGUCAUUUCUGCACCGAACUUUGUCCUCUCGGAACAUUCGGCGAAAAUUGUGCACAGCAGUGUGAAUGUGCACCUAAUGCCAACUGUGAUCCUAUUACCGGGAAAUGCUUUUGUAAACCGGGAUAUGCUGGAUGUAUCCAAGGACGAUAUGGCAUGAAUUGCGAUGGCAUUUGUCAAUGUGUAAACGGUGGUACUUGUGAUAAGGCAACUGGACAGUGUAUUUGUCCACCAGGUUUUGUUGGUACCAAGUGUGAAGUGAAUUGUCCCUCGAAUCGGUUCGGUGAAAAUUGUGAAAGACUUUGCCAGUGUGAGAAUGGGGGUAAUUGUGAUCGAAUAACGGGCCAAUGUCGUUGUGCCGCUGGUUUUACCGGCUUACAAUGUCAACAGGUAUGCUCCGAGGGACGUUUCGGACCUGGAUGUCGCGAAAAAUGCCGGUGUGCUAACCAGGCGCAUUGUGACCCAGUAACUGGCGCUUGCAAAUGUUCACUGGGAUACACCGGUGCAACCUGUGAUCAACCUUGUCCGGAUGGCAAAUAUGGGCCGAAUUGUACGUUAGACUGCGAAUGUCACGGUAAUGCUAAAUGUGAUCCUGUACAAGGUUGUUGCGAUUGUCCUUCAGGUCGUUAUGGUACUCGCUGUCAAUAUACAUGUCCAGCUGGUUUCUAUGGUUGGUAUUGUAGUCAAAGCUGUGAUUGUCAAAAUGGCGCAACAUGCAAUCCAAGUGAUGGUCAGUGUCAAUGCCGUUCAGGAUACUUUGGCAAACAGUGUGAACGUUCCUGUACCAACAAUACCUACGGUCCACAUUGUCAACUGCAUUGCGAUUGUGGGGAAUUUCAAUGCGACCCAGAAACCGGAAAAUGCGACUGUCCUCUAGGGUUGCAUGGUGCUAAAUGUAAACAAGCAUGUCGACCAGGACGUUACGGGAAAAAUUGUGAAUAUCGAUGUGAGUGUUACAAUGGUGCAAUAUGUGAUCGAAUUACCGGUCAAUGUACUUGUGCUCCGGGAUAUCUUGGUGCAACUUGUCAACAAGAACAGUUUGACAUGGAAAGUGUUGCAAAACGUGGUGAUCUACCGGAGUAUGACUUCCGCAAGAAGCGGUAG